AUGGAUAAGCUCAAGAAACUCUUCGGUGGCCACAAAGAAGGAGGCGACGCCAGUCCCAGCACCGCAGCACCAAACGCCUCCUCCUCCUCCGGCGCCGCAGCAUCCGGCAAUGUUGUCGACAACCCCAAUAACGUAGUCCUGCACACUACCCUGGGGGACAUCACCUGUCAGCUCUUCUCCCAGCAGACCCCUCGCGUAAGUUCUCAACAUCAAACCCCUCUUCCCAAAGAAGAGGCGUCUUAAUACAAUACCCUACAGACCUGCAAAAACUUCGCCACCCUCGCCCAGACCGGGAAAUACGACAACGUCGUCUUCCACCGCAUCAUCAAGAACUUCAUGAUCCAGGGCGGCGACCCGACCGGCACCGGCCGCGGCGGGAGUUCCAUCUACGGCGCCAAGUUCGAAGACGAAUUCGUUCCCACCUUGAAGCAUGAAGGCAAGGGGACUCUGAGUAUGGCGAAUGCGGGCCCCAAUACGAAUGGGAGUCAGUUCUUCAUUACCUUGGGGGCGACGCCGCAUCUGAACGGGAAGCAUACGGUCUUUGGGAAAGUCGUGGGCGGGAUGGAUGUUGUGGAUAAGUUGGGGGCUGUUGCCACUGAUUCGGGCGAUCGGCCCAAGAGCGAGGUCAAGAUUGUCAGCUGUGAUGUGAACUAA